UUCUGCAAUGUCUAGUGCCGAUGCUCUUUUAAAUGGAAAUGAGGAAGAAGAAGAAGGAGAAGAGAAGGGAGGAGAUGGAAAAAGGGAAGAAUUAUUAAUUGGAAAUAAAACAUUGGAAUAUGUUAGUAUUAUACCUAUUGGACAAUUCCCUGCAUAAAAUUUUUUUGAAUUUUAUGUUUCUGUAAUCAGUGUUUAAUAGGCUAUAAGAAACUGUGACUGUAAGUGGAGUUCGGAUUUUAGUCAUAACUUUUUGUUUCAUCAAUAAAUAUUACUAAAGUUUUGUAUGAUUCGAAAGGUCUCUAACUGCGGCAACUUUUUGGACUGUCACAUCUGUGUAUUUUACAAAAAUAAGUGAUAAACGACGCCACAAAAGCAGAAAAAUUCUGAUAAAAUCAGUCCAAAGAUAAA